AUGAGCUUCAACUUUGGGUCAGCUGCAGACUUCGAGCCCCGGCCUUCAGAUGCCUCACCCAUCUCUACUCCCCGAAUAGGAUCUUAUCCCAAUUUCUUACGGAAUAUAGACAACCCAGCAGGUGUGGGCAUGGGAGUCACCUCUAGGCCUCAGAGAGACCUUGCCGUAGCAGCUAACAGGCCAUACACCCCUUCAGUAAGGCCACCUCUGCGAUUAACUCAUGGAAUCAGCAGCUUUGCAGCACCUACCAACGAACAAGAUGUUCGCCACCUCGGGCUUUCACCUGAUGGCUACGACGACUGCCCCCCAAGUCCAAUGAAUAGAUCUUCCCACUUUUCUGGCUCAGGACCUGCUUAUUCGACCUCAAAUGAGGAUGUUGAUGAACUCAAUGAGUUUGAUGGCCGCCAAGAGCUGACAGUCCCCAUCUUCAACAGCAGUAUGCAGCCCAACCAAGUACGCGAAAUCAAGGGCAUGGUUAUGCUUGCUCGUAAUAUGGAAACAGAGCCACUUAAACUUCAUCUUCUUACACAUGCAGCCAUAUGUCGCUCAGAAAAUAAAUAUGCCUCCAACAAUUCGCAGUCUUCUUCUGUUAAAGAAGUGGUUGAUGUCGCCAUGAAUCAGCUUUCAAAGCAUGUGGAAAUACCGGCUGAUACAAAGAACGUUCUUCGUAUGAUUGCGCGUGAUGAAUGUGCAAAUCCUACAUGUAGUUCCUACGGCGAUGUGGGGAUUGCAGUCUGGGCAAGAUGCAAAGCCGAAGCCAACAUGCAUGACCUGACUGAGAUGCUGUCGAAGACUAAGUCUGAGACGGCUCUGAAGAAAGCAGCAAAAGCUGCAGGAAACAAGAUUCUGCAGCAAUUUCGCGAUGAUAUAAUGACGACCAUCGUUGUUGAUGAGAGUGGAAAGAUAACACGCUGCUCCCUGCUCUCCCUAUUGCAGCCAAUAGUAACGGAACAACAACUGGACGUGCCCCUCUGGCAGAGGUUCCUAAUAACGCCCACAGUGUUCCUAGAGUUUCGGGGGUAG